AUGCGUACAUUCACCGACCAAUGAAAAAAAACACGUUUUACUUCAAUACACAACACGAGAAGCACAACUCCACUUCUUCUCCGACAAGAAUUUGAACGGUUUAUUUUCACUCAAACUCUAUUGAAUAAUCGACGUUGCAUCCAUAUUUACACGAAACAACUUUCCCAAAUUUACUUUUUCGUCAAUUUUACCAAAAAUCCUACUUACAAAAUAAAUACUUUAUUAUCAACAGAAAUAUCUUGUGAUACAGCUAAAUCAAAUAUUAACAAUGAAGGACGUUAUCGACGUUAUGGAGCUUCAACGAGAGAAGACUAGAAAAGUCCAACCGCUUGAUUAUAGAAAGUUGGAUUUUGCUGGUGGUUUUACCCCGGCAAGAUUUAUUUUCGAAUGUGGGAUGAAACUCCAGGGGCAGCCACUUACUCUUGCCACAGCUGCUAUUUUAAUGCACCGGUUUUUUAAGGAGGUUGACCAAAGCAAUUAUGACCCGUUUUUAAUAGCUGCUUCAACACUUUACCUGGCUGGAAAAGUUAAAGAUGAUCCUUUAAAAAUCAGAGAUAUAAUCAAUGUAACCCACAACACCUUACACCGUGGAAAUGGCCCCCUGGAAAUUGGAGAUGAAUACUGGAAUAUGCGAGAUGCAAUAGUUCAAGCUGAACUCUUAAUAAUGAGAAUUUUAAAGUUUGAAGUUUCAAUAACCCAUCCCCAUAAAUACAUGUUACAUUAUUUGAAAUCAAUGGAAGGGUGGAUAGGUAAAGAGCAAUGGAAUGCUGUCCCAAUCGCGAAAACUUCCGCAGCUUUCCUUCAAGAUUUCCAUCACGACCCGGCCAUUUUAGAUUAUGGCCCUCAACAUGUUGCGAUUGCAUGUAUUUCUUUGGCUUUGCAAUGUUAUGGUGUACGUUUACCUUUAAUAGAAGAUAUUGAUGAUGAACAAUGGUAUUCAGUUUUCGUUAAGGAUUUGCAAAAAGAUAAACAUUGGGAAAUUAUGGAAAAAGUUAUGGAGGUUUAUAACAAGGAACCUCCAACAUCUUAAAUUGAUUAAGAUUCAGUGCGACUUUUUUUAUGUUCUUGUUUUUGUAUCUCACUUUUUUAAAAAAGUAUUAUGAUUCAUUUAUUUUCAUUGAGGAAAUGUAUUAAUUGGUUACAUUGUAAAUGCGGAAUUCUUUCUGUAAAAUUUUGUUGAAAUACAUAUUUUACAGCAAAAA